AUGAAAAUCCACACUGGAGCGAAGCCGUACUCAUGUGAUCAGUGCGGGAAGAGUUUCACACGAAAAGACCACCUUAAGAGUCACAUGAAAACCCACACUGGAGAGAAACCGUACUCAUGUGAUCAAUGUGGGACCAGUUUUACACAAAAAGUAAACCUUAAGAAACACAUGACAAUCCACACAGGAGAGAAAUCACACUCAUGUGAUCAAUGUGGGAAGAGUUUUGCACAAAAAGACCACCUGAAGAUACACAUGACAAUCCACACUGGAGAGAAACCUCACACAUGUGAUCAGUGCGGGAACAGUUUUGCACAAAAAGGAGCCCUUAAUGUUCACAUGAAGAUCCACACUGGAGAGAAGAUCCACAGCGGAGAGAAACCGCACACAUGUGAUAAAUGUGGGAAGAGUUUUGUAAAAAAAGACCACCUUAAGGGGCACAUGAAAAUCCACAAUAGAGACAAGCCACAUGUUUCACACUCUUAAGUUACAUCUGCAUUCUCACUGUGGACAACAUCCAUUUAACUGAUCAAUACAGUAAAAGAACGAGCAUUAUACCUGAAGAAACGUGGGGAAGUUUGUACAAAGGACAAGCCUCACUAUUGUUUUAUGGCUGGGUGUUGUGGGAAAACAGAUGUAAGAAUGAGUUUAAGAUUCACUGAUCUUGUGUCUUGAUUUAACGUCACAUGAAAAGCUAAGGUGAACGACACUGUAUUGGUCCUUCAACAUGAUGAAGUUUAGUGAUUAGAUUCAGUAGUUUCCAGUGAGAGUCAAACUAUGUGUGAACGUUUAAAUGCCUCUAGU